AACGUACAUUGGCCAUUGCCCUUCAACCAAAGAAGUCAUUGUUUUAUCUUCAGGGUAUUUUGUGUUUGAUCUUCUAGGAAUUUAAUUAAUCAGCCUAUCGAGAUCUCGGAAGGAAGGAAAAGAAAGGAAGGAGAGGAAUGGAGGAGGAGAAGCAGCAGCAGCCGCCGCAGGGUGCAUCAUACACAUAUUGGGUGAGGGAAGCGACGGCAGAUGCGGCUCCUCUUCCUCUUCCUAAGAAACUCUCUACUAAUGAUUUAAUUACCUCACAAUCUCAGCCACCAACAUUGGGUUCCGUCUGGAAUCGGGCUGGAACUUGGGAGGAGAAAAACCUUAAUAAAUGGGCAACUGAUAGGAUAAAGGAACUUCUUGUGUCAGUUGGCUCCUUGGAGUUCUCCUGUGGCAAAGCUGAAAUAACAGAAGUGUCAAAAUGUUUGGGUGACGCAUUCUUGGUGACUGUGAGAAACAAGAAACGAGUUGGCUAUACUUAUGAGUUGACAUUGAAAAUCAAAGGGGAAUGGACAGUCAAAGAGGAGAAAAAGAAUGUGAAGGCCCAUAUAGAUAUCCCAGAGUUUUCUUUUGGUGAGCUAGAUGACUUGCAGAUGGAAGUGCGGCUUAGUGAUGAGAAAGAUCUUCCGCAGCAAGACAAGCAGCAAAUCAACCGGGAUCUGAAGCUGUUCCUGAAGCCUGUCCGUGAAAAAUUGCUUCAGUUUGAGCAGGAACUGAAAGACCGGUAGAUAGGGGCGCUAGAACAUCCAAUUUUCCUCAGAAACCUUAGCUUGUGAUCCCUGGACUGUAAAACUAUUUAUUCUCAAUUCUUAGAACUGAUUGUUUUGCAAUACACGUAAUGGGAUAUAAAUUCAAGGAAGCAAAUGCUUUGCUUGGUCAUGUUUAGAAUGUAGACAAACCUUGAUAUCAUUUGGGACCAAAAUGGAAAUUUUAUGCAUUUGGAUUUGGUAAAAUAUGAAAUGUGAAAUGUACCAAGUUUGAUGGGAGGGAA